AUGGCAGAGCAGCAACAAAAGUUUGACCUUUAAGUUGUGGUCACACAUUUCGCCCUCAAAACAUGCUGCAUUACAAUAAUGCCUACAUUUUCUCAUGCACAUACUUCUGGUACAUUAUCCCUAUUGUUGCCCCAACUCACUCACACCCAGCUCCAUUGAUCAACUUAUUUGUACUUUGUCCCAACAACAACCAAAUCCACCCUGUACCACUAACAAAAUCUGCUGCAAUACAAAAAUCCACUUCUCUUCUCCUCUUAUUUUCUAAAAAUAAAAGUCCAGCUAGGUAGCUUCGAUGCAUCAUCAUCCUGCACAUUACCCAGAAUUCUCUGUGCUUUCAAACAGCUCUAAGGCAAAUAACAAAAUGGCGGACUUAAUGGAUGCUACGAUAGCCCUUUUAUUUAGCUAUUUGAAAAUUUCACCGAGUCUCCUUGUUGGAUUUAGAACUACCAGCGCCAGUGUACGUUAUCUGGAUUUACAGUACGUGCGAUCAGGAAAAAACGAGACCUAGCCACUGUAAGUUGUUGAUUGGUCAGGUUGCCUGACGCAACGGCAUGUGACGCAAAACGAACACUCCUCAUUGGCUGGACAGAUGGAUAAGAGGACAUAGGUGCGUGUAGUAAAGUCACUACCCGGAACUUGGAUUUGGAAGCAAACGUCUCUGUUGGAAGUACUGAAGCCUGCUUCUGUUCAAGUACUCUACUUUCGAAAAGAUGAGUUCACAGACAAUGCUAUUGAGGUUGUGCCAUCUUCAUGGCUUGGACACACUUCUGAGCAUGGCAUGGUCUGCUACUGGACAACACACAAUGUGCGAUUGCAUGUUGUGAAGUGCCGAGCACCAAAUACAACUUGGGCCAAACAUCCCGUUAAGAAAACCUGGUAUGAAACAGAUUCAUACGCCAAAGCUGAACAGAAGUGUUUGCAAUUGAUGGAGUCCUCAAGUGUUGAGACAGAGGAUGAUGUGAACACUUUUGCAAUAAGGCAGCGUAAGCGCCCAAGGAGGUUUGUCUCCGAAUCCUCUGAUGAUGAUUCUGCUCCAGUGGUAGCAGCAACCAAGAAGCAACCCAAGACUCUGACUGUGCCUGGAAGCCCUGUGUGUCAGCAGGACCCAAUGCCCCUACCACCACAAUGUAAGUGGUCAACACCAGCCGGGACUGGAGCCAGUCCUCACCACCCUAGCCCAAGUCCUGUUGACCCUGUUCAAGCCAGCAGCCGGGCGCUACACCCAAUUCAGUCAGCCAGGCACCUCCAAGAAUCACUGGAAACCUCUUUUGACUCUGUUCAAGCCAGCAGCCGGGCGCUUCAUGACGCACAGGGUGUCUCGGCUAUCGCAGCCAUGUUUGAGAGAAUCACAGAGGCCCACAUGAGUCGCUUGAUGCGGAGGCUCCAGGCUAGGUUUGACAGGACCGAGGCUAGGUUUGACAAGAUCAAGUCAUUGGUGGAGACCAACGCCCCGACACACACACCUCAACUCCAGCAAGAAGAUGUGAUGUUGGCUAAACCAUGCAGCAUGGUGAUGGAGCUGCUGGAGUUGGAUAGGAGUCUGGAACAACCAGACAAGAGGAACAAGAUGCAACAUUUUCUUGAAACUGUCGGAGGGGCAGGUUUAGGGGCAGCCAUUCACCGUAUGCUACGCCGAGUGGCAAAUAAUGAGGUACUCGCCCAGUACAGCUUGCGGGGCAGACGGGCCAAAAUGUCCUUUGAUGACCUCAUUCUGUGCAAGAUUAUAAAGGCUGCAUGUGUCAAAAAAUUUCCCGGCCAUAUGGAAGCUGAAGUGGAGGAAUGUCUUGGGCAGACUCUAAAAUUUGCACCACACAGACGAUCAGCUGGUCAGCAGCAACGGGUGAACAGUGAAUUUUUAUUCUUUUUUGUGAACAGUGAUUUUUAUUCUAUUUUUUUGUGAAGUGAUUUUUUUUAUUCUAUUUUGUUUGUUAUUGAAUGCACAGUUACACUUUAAAAAACUGUUAUUUCUAUUUUAUUCUGUUUUGAAUGUGUUUUAUUGAAUGCACCGUUUCAGAAACUUUUCUAUUUUAUUCUGUUUUGUAUAUAUGAUUGUUUUAUUGA